UCGAGCGUAUGCAACUAAAACUCAAGUAAACGAAGUUAGGGCUAUAGAUCUCGAGGUUUGCUGAAGCCGACGAUUUCUCAUCUUCUUCUUUUUCUUCCGCGGUCUUCGUUGAUAAUUGAUUUUCGAUUGCACCAGUUUCAAAUGACGCCGCCGCCAGGACCUUACUCCGGAACCAGUACUCUUGCUCUGGUUGCCCGUGCUUCAGCCUUUACCUUCGGUAUUGUUUAUGGAAGUAUGAAGCUAAAGUAUUUGAAGGCAAAAGCCAAGUCGCACGAGAAAGCUGAAGCUAAGGCACAUCACUGAAGGAAGGAAGGAAGGAAGGAUAUGCUAAAGAAACUGUUUUAUUUUUCAAUUGAAAAUAAUAUAAUGCAUUGUGUUAGAACACCAUGAAACGUUGUGUAACAUGACCAGUUAAGUCUGGGUGAAUGUCUUUUCUUGUUCACAACAUCUCUAUUUUUUUUCAAGAAUACUUAAUUUUAUGCCAGAGUUUUAUUUUUAACUGUUGCUGUGAAGCAGUGACAAAUUGAAACCAGCUAUUUGAUGUAAUUCUUAUGUUUUACAUUAUAUGCUAUGUUGUUCAUUUUGAUG